AUGAUAUUAUAAUUGUCAUUCCUAAUAGUUUUAGGAAAUGCUUAUUAAUUACUAAAUUCGAUUGAACUAGAAAUAGUCAACAAAAUUUCUGGAAAAUUAAGCUUAGAAAAAAAUGAUGAAAGCUUUUUACUAGUUUUCUAUUUUGAAAAGGCAAACUACCCUUUAGCCCUUGUUUCAGAUGAGAUAAUUUUGGACACAGAUUUCAAUAGAACAACGAAACCAAAAUUUAUUGAGAGUAAAAAGGAAAUUUAUUUUGACUAUGAAUCCAUUUAGACCCAUAAUAAUAUACAUUUAAUUGAAAUUCCUUAGAAAAAUGAAGUGUACUACUAUAUAAAAGAUGGAUUUGGACCUUUUAGAGUAAGAUUAGAAGUUUAUUCUAAAACUCACUCUACAUGUAUAAACAACUGUUAAGGAUAUUCUUUGAAUAAAAUAAUAUAAAAUACAAGCUGUACAUCAAAAUGUGAAUGUUAGGAUGGUUAUUUUGGAUCAUAUUGUUAAUUUGAACUAUAAAAAAUAGAGUUAGAUGUACUGUACGAAAUGUAGUUGAUUGGUCGUAAGAUGAUCUAUUUGUCUUCCUAAUUUAAUGAAUAAAUUAUUUUAAUGGCAUAAGAUGUAAUUGAACCUAUAAGUAUUUUAUUUUAAAUAUUUAGCUUUAAGCUUUGGAAUUUUAGGUGUAAAAGGCUAUGAAAUCCCAGAUCAAACAACAUAUACUGCAAUUUUACAUAAUUAACUAAGUCUAACAAGAUUAAUGUAAAAUUUUAAACAAACAUUUUAAAAUUCUUCUACUUUGAUAAUUGGUUUGUAUUGUAAAACAAAUCAAACAUUUAAAUUAUCUCUAUAAUAAGAAUAAAUUGCAAAAAUAUGGGAUGGGAAUUGUUUAUUUUUUAUUUUUGCGUCCUUCAACAUAAUUAUUAUUAUAAUUUGUUUUGGAAUAACAAAUUUAUGUAAGUAAAAAGAUACUUAAAAAAUGAAGAAAAAGGUAAAAGUGAAAGUGAGGCCACCACUUUUAGAGAUUAAUCCAAAAAAUUUCAGUGGGUAAUUUUUUG